AUGAGGAUAUAUGUUUUAUUUUAUUCCUUUCUGAUCGUUCAAGUAUCAGGGUCAUUUUACGAUGAGCUCCAGGGUGCCAUGCAUUCAGUUCAACAUGGAUUUGGAAAAUUACUAAGUGAUGUCGUUAUCGAUGUCACAGACACAGUACACUGUACUAUAUCUGCAGUUGAACAUGUUUUAACCCUAAAUGGAUUAAUGAAAAGUAAAUCCCAAUAUGGCCAUAAGUGCAGGAGUGGGCCACUUCUAUCAAUAGAGAGAUAUAGCGACGAUCCUUUAGAAAAUUUUCUCAAAACCAGAGAUGCUAUUGAAGGCAAACGAUUCGGGCAUGAAAUACAUAAAUCGAUAUCCAAUGUUAAUACAACGUUAACAAGGGCAUUAGACCAUCACAGUGGUCGACAGAAAUUUGAUUCCAUUUCAAAAGUUCUUAAGCAUGAAACAGAACAAUUGACGAAAGUUAGUAAUAUGUUACGAAAUGAAUUGCACAGCAUAUCACGAAACGUUAAUUCCGAAUUGGAAAAGUUUGGUUCUGAUAUAACACCAUCGGUUUGGUCCGAACUAGAAAAAGAAAGAAAUUUAGAAAAACAGAUAGAUAAUUCAAGACCGGCUACGAAACAAGAAGGAAAUUCUCUUUCUGAUCCAAACCAACUUAAUUCCUACACUGAUGCGAAACGUGAAUUUGAUCAUAUGAGAGAUGCUGUGGGACAAAGCAGUCCAGCCGAAGACUUACCCAAGACAUUUAGGGAUGUAGCGGAAAGAGAAAAGAAUAAAUUAAAUCAUAAUAGCGAUGAUGAUCGUGAUUCAAAGUCAAUAUUCGACGUUGAUAAAAGUGCCUUGGAUAAAUUUUCACCAUUCUAUGAUCCCGAAUCUAAAAGUCUAGAAGACCAUCAGCGAAUUAUAGAAAAUGCACUUAGUGUUAUCCGAGACAGCCACCGUACUGACCAACUCAUGGAUGAACUGAACAAAUCAAAAGCUGGUUCUGAUGUUUUUGCUGCGGGUAAAAAUUUGUUUAACUUCUAA